AGGAAAUUUUGUAUGUGAUGUUAUGCUUGCUGCAACUCAUGCAGAUUUAACUAUACUUAACUCAGGAACCAUUAGAUGUGAUCGUAUAUAUCCAAAAGGACCAUUUAAAAUGAGGGAUUUAAUUACUGUAUUACCACUGAUGGAUCCUAUGGUAGUACUUAAAUGCACAGGCUAUCAGGUAUGGAAAGCAUUAGAGAAUGGCGUAUCUCAGUAUCCCAGAUUAGAUGGUAGAUUUCCUCAAGUAGCUGGAAUUAGUUUCAAGUUUGAUCCCAUGAAACCGCCAGGUGAAAGAAUUGAUCCUGCAGAUAUCAAAGUUAGCUUUGAACCUUUGGAUAUGAAUCAAGUUUACCUUGUUGCCACAAAAAAAUAUUGUGCCUUAGGAAGAGAUGGAUAUGAAGCUCUGAAGAAAUGUGAAAUUAUAACUGAUGAAGAAAACACACCCGAAUUAUGUAUUUCAGUUCAAAAUCACUUCAGAUCCAUAAAGAUUUUGAUGGGUGCUGCAAGGCAACGUUCUCAUCACAGACAGAGUUUAUUUUGUGUUUCAAGAAGAGCCAGUCUGCGGCAUUUUGACGAGAUACCCAGUUUCUCUGGUCUGAUGCGAUCCAUGAGCUGCGAUACCAUUGCUCCAGAUAUACCACUGGUGCGUACUGUUUCUAUUGAAGAGAUUGAACACGAACAGUGUAGAUUGGCCCCAAAAGUCGAAGGAAGGAUACAGAUAUUAACUGAAGAAUUCAAAGAGAAAUUAGAACGUGAGAAAAGCCAAUUGUCUAUAUUAAACGAUGUCAUCGAAGAAGUCUCGGAACUAUAA